AUGGCUCUCAGCUGCGAUGCUGAAAGCUCCAAGGCUGCAAUGAGACGAUCGCGCAAGUCACCAUCAUCCAAAGCUCGAAAGCUGAGGUGCGCCUGGACAUCAGCUUUGCUGUUCUCUGCCACGACACUCACAGGUGUCGACGCUUUCUUUGGCAUCGGCGAAAAGCGGUUCAAAUACGAAGGCCUGAUCAAUGCAGGAAGCCUCGGUCUCGACAGUAUCAAGGGUCAAGUAGCCGCUUGGGGCGACUGGAACGGCGACCAAUUCCUCGAUGCUAUCAUCGUCGAUUCCGAUCGUCAAUCCGCGAGCGUCCACCUGUGGGACCGCGCCAACUUUUCCUUUGGACACGUUCCGGCAGCAUCUGUCCGCGUCACAGGAGGGUCCAAGAUCACCAAUGUGGUCGCAGCGGAUAUCAACUACGACGGUAGACUCGACCUGCUUGUCAUGUCUCAGGACGCGUCUGCAUCAUCCAAACAGCUCUCGAUGCAAGUCUUUCUCGGAAAGGCAGACGGAACCGGCUUCGUUUCAAGUCCGCUCUCUGCUCCAGCAUCGUCUCUGGCGCAGCCUGUCACAAUAGAUGCUUCCGGUGACAUGCAGAUGGACUUGCUUGGCAUCCCAUUCAACGCCUCUGCAUCACCAGCCAAGGACGCUUCAGAGCUCAAGAUCUGGCGCAAUCUGCUCGUGGAUUCGUCCGACACUACCGCAGCUUUCGACAUUGCAGAAGCUCCGUUUCUGGAAGCCACGAAAGCACCAGCGUGCAAUCUUGCCAAUCCGCACAGCUCCGCCUUUAUCGACCUCAACGGCGAUUGCCUUGCAGAUCUAUUCCUCGUCUGCUCGGAAGAGUCAUUCCUAAGCUCCAAGCUAACAUAUCAGAUCUGGACUGCCGUCAAGCCCAAUUCCAAUGGCCAAGGAUCGGGCUUCAAGCUAUCUUCGACCGGUGAACUACCUCCUGGCACAGGAGCACUAAGCUUUGGCGAUAUAGACCGCGACGGGACUAUCGACGUCAUCUUCCCAACAUGCGACCGAAGUGGCGAUAAUUGCUUCAUCAAUGUUGCCUUUAAUCGACAAGUGCCACUGUGUUCGCCGCGUAUCGAUGGCUUUUUCGGUGGUGGACCGGGCUACGGCCCCUUGUCAACUGGCAAGCAGGGCAGGAAUGCGUCGAGCUCGCAAGCCAGCGUGUCGGAUAGCUUUUCCACAGAAAGAAAGGCCAAUCUAGAGUGCAGAGAAGCUGAAAAUCUCUGUAUGGCUGACGACAACUUUCGCAUCAAUUUUAGCACCAGCAAGGAUAACGUCGACUUGCUACGCGUCCCCGUGGAGAAGCUGACGGGCGACAGUCGGAUUCUGCUCAACGACAUGCUUGCACCGUCUUACCUCAGUAUGCCGAAUGCGCUACACUUGGGCGACUACAAUAAGGAUGGCUAUCCGGAUCUCGUGCUCAUCACCAUUCCCGACCAGCUUGCCUCAGGCGGGCGUAACAAUGUGCGUGGAAGUGGCGAAACCCGAGUGCACAUCCUCCGGAACCUCGAAUGCAGCAAAGUUCCAACCAGCAAGAAAGGCGACCUCGGAUGUAGGCAGGAUCAGCCCGAGGCGAGAACAUUCAUCAAGGUCGCUGCUGGAGCCAACUCGAUCGAAAUUCUGCGAGACGUCCGCAGUGCUAGCUGGCUCGACAUUGACGAGGACGGCACGCUUGAUCUGUUGCUGCAAAGGACUCCUUCCAUAUCGGACGGUCUGGAUUCGAGUCGGCGCAUCACGUUUGUGCAAAACAACUAUUUUCAUGACUCGUUCUUCCUAAAAGCUCUCACGCUCAAUGGGGCCUGUCAGAGUCUUUGUGAGCCCAAAGAUGCGCCCAAAUUCCAGCCCUGGGGAACCAACUACGGCGGAGCGUCUUACAAGUUUACCGUGUUGGACCCCAACGGCGUCCGACGCGCCCAACAGGUCGGCCAACUCCCUCAGACUGCGUAUCGCACUCUUCUAACUCCGUACAGCUACUUUGGCCUGGGACGCACCAACAACUACGUGGAGUCGCUAUUCAUCGGCUCGACGCGUCGGCAGAAGGAGCACUUCCUGGCGCUCGAAGGUGUCAUCCCGAAUAGCCAGGUUGUGAUCAACCCAUGGCAAGGCGGACGCGGUAACGAAAACGGUGGUGGAGGCCCAUGGAUGUGGACCAAGCAGCUCUAUCUGCAUCCUGGCGAUUGGAUUCCUUGGGUGACUGUGGUACUCAUUACUACUAUCGUUGGGCUGGCUAUCGUUGUCAUCGUGCUACACGUCAACGAGCGAAAAGAGGACGAGCGCGAGAGAAAGCGCGCGGUGCACGCGAUCAAUUUUGAUGCGCUCUGA